AUGGACGCGCACGACGACAAGACCACUGCUGUGACAGCCGGCUUUGUCGCGAACAUCACCCCUCCAGGGACACCACUCAGUCAAUCCACCGACGCCGACCUGCCUUUUACCAACCAAUCUCUCUUUCACAACUACCUGCGAGCAUUGCACACCUUUGAUCCAACCUCGGAAGCACUGACAGGCCACGACGACGAGGAAGUGCUUUCGACGGUCGCGAUCAAACCCGGAAACCUCAUUUUGGUACAUUGYAUUCAUGCCAAUGGCUGGGCAGAUGGUACCGUGCUCAACACCGGUGUGCGAGGAUGGCUACCAACGAAUUACUGCGAGGCGUACGACCACGCAUAUCUCCGCAAUCUGCUCAACGCGAUGACACAGUUCUGGGACUUGAUUGGUGCAGGGGAGGAUGCAAACCUGUCGACAUUCGUUCGACAGGACUACAUCAGAGGAUUGAUCGCAGGCGUGCGGUACCUCCUGGAAAAGGCGGACUGUCUGCAUAGGGACUCAUCGACGGUCAAGCAUCACGUUGGUGUCCGACGAAUGCGCAAAGGAUUGUUGGCCGAUCUCUCCUCCCUGGUACAAAUCGCGAAGAGACUACAGGAAUCGAUCAGCGAGUCGUUUGCAGCAGAAGUGAUUCCGUUCCUCCUGGAUGACCUCAUUGCAAAAGCAUUCAAAGUCGUCAACCGGGCCGUGAGCUUUACCGAUGUUUGGACCCAGGAGAUCAGCUCUGCCAGAGGCGAUCCACGUCGAGCGAGCGUUGCUCGACCACUGGCGAUCGACACGAAGGUCGUUACUCAAGAGCAACGGAAGGUGGAAGAGAUCGACUCGGCCAAGCAUUUUCCCGAACCUCUCCAGCUGAAUCUUCACAAGCAGACGAACGCUGGCGCGGAAGCGGAACAUUUCAAUGGCGAGGCCAAGGCGCCACGAAUGUCGACCGUAUUCACUCCGCCGAAUGGCUUUGCGGCACAUCGCGUAUCUCUUGUGUCAAAGGAGAGUAAUCGCGUGGCUUCGGGCCCGAUGGCGUCAGAGCAGCUGGCAAAGGUGCACGACGUAUGCAUCAGUCACAUUGGCGCCUUCAUCGGACACCAUCUGCAAUCUCGUCCUUGCUCAGAGCUAGUAGCGAUAACCGAGCGCCUCGUCGCGGCAUGCAGAAAUAUGCUGGCGAUCGUUGAUGAAGUCUAUGCUCACGAUCCACAGGCAUCCCUGCAUGUUCAACAAGUCAAGCAGGACUUUGAGACUAAAGUAGAGCAGCUGGCCAUGUCGACGAAGGACGUCUUCCGCUUCUCUGACUCCCCUGACGACGAGAUAGUCAUGCUUCCGGAUCAAACAAAUCACCUCAUCAACGUCGGGACAAGCCUCAUCCGUAACACUGGCGAGUGCGUAGUCAAGACACGACAGCUGAUCGAGCAGAUUGGCGACUUCGAGUUAAAGUCAACCGUGGAAUACCACCCGCAAACGAUCGCUGAGAUUCCUCAGCGUAUUGAUAGCAUCCCGGACAGAGGAUCAAAGUCUCUUGCCCAGAAACGGGCUUCACAGAGACUUUCGGUCAAGGCUCUACCUCCUCCACCCCCACUUCCCAAGGACUCACCCACCCUCCCCGCCAUGGACUUGGCCGAAAUGGACCAUCCCCUGGAUGAAUUGGACUCUGUACCUGCAAGGCCGACAUCGAAACAAACGAUGCCCCCACCUCCGGCGAGGAUGAGCUCUGCUACACGGACAUCAGUCGUGUCGAGCAACCACGUGGAAGUCGCGAGGGUCUCUCCAUCAGGUUCGACCGAAUCUAUACCUGCAACACGCAAGUAUAGCGUGGGCCAAUCAAUUUCUGACUCUACCGACACGCACUCUAGCCUGCGUGACUCUAAUGCAACUGCGGUGUCGCAAGUAUCCACCAGAGCGACCACGCCGGACCACACCAGAGAACGCAUGACUGCAGACACGACAAUGAUGAGUAGCUUCGCAAGCCUUCCAAGCAUCCGGUCAUUUUCGACGACAGAGGACAGCAUCAUGGAUGCAGAAGCUCAGUUCCUCAAGAAAACUUAUGCGAACGAGCUGACCUUCAACAAAGAAGGUCAGGUCACUGGCGGCAGCCUCCCGGCAUUGGUGGAACAGCUGACAGCGCACGAUUGCGCCCCCGACGCACAAUUCGUGACCGCAAUUUUCCUGACCUUUCGGAAGUUUGCCGAGCCCCGCGAAUUUGCACAGGCUCUCAUUGCUCGGUUUGACUACAUCGGAGACAGCAGGUUGAUCGGUACUCCGGCGCGACUUCGAAUCUACAAUGUCUUCAAGGGUUGGCUUGAGACUUACUGGUCCACCGAAGCCGAUAAGGACGCUCUUGGCGAGAUUCGGUUUUUUGCCUUGCACAAACUCAAGCAGACCCUCCCUAGCGCUGGCGAGCGUUUGAUCGAGCUCACUCGCCGCGUCACCGAAAUGUAUCACACUGGCACAGCAGUUGGACCUUUGGUGUCUGGUGUGGGAAAGUGGAGCACCUCGCCCACAACCGAUCCCGAGUACAACGCUCCAGACCCCAUUGUGAGCUCAAGGCAGCUCAACGCGCUACGUGUCGCUACUGGAGGUGGCGCAGCAUGCAGCAUUGUGGACUUGGAUUCGAUGGAGAUUGCGCGCCAGAUCACCCUCAUGAUGAUGAAGGUGUUCUGCGCGAUCCGGCCAGAGGAGUUUCUCAGCAUGGACUGGGGCAGGCCCAAUACGAAGAAGGCCAAGAACAUCCGCCAGAUGUGCUUGCUCAACACUGAUCUCUCGCAUCUUGUCAGUGAUAGCAUCCUCGGACCUGACGAUCCGAAAAAGCGAGCUGCUGUUAUCAAGCAGUGGGCUAAAAUCUGCAUGUCGCUUGUGGAACUCAACAACUACGACUCUAUCAUGGCCAUUAUGUGCACCAUCAACUCAUCAGUUGUGCAGCGCCUGAAGCGCACAUGGGACGUCGUGAACAAAAAGACCAGGGCCAGGUUGGAUGAGCUCGACAAGUUGGUCGAUAUGUCGAAGAAUUACUCUGCUCUGCGCAAGCGACUGGAAGCGCCCACCGCACCCUGCUUGCCAUUUCUUGGAGUAUACCUUACCGAUCUCACCUUUGUGAUCGCCGGUAAUCCCAAGAGGCGUGAGCUUCCCGGCAGCACUUCGGAGACGGGAGAAGUGGUUUCGGUCAUCAAUUUCGACAUGUAUAUGCGCAUUUCGAAGAUUGUCAGUCAUUUGCAGGGCUUUCAGGUCCCCUACAAGCUCAAGGAAGUACCCGAGAUCCAGUCGUGGAUGGAGGUGCACCUCAGGCGCCUGAGAGAGGGCCAAGAGGACAUGGUCAGCGUAUUCCACCAAAGGAGUCUCUCGAUUGAGCCCAGGGCGGACGACCGCAAAUACUCCAUCCACGCUGGCCUGGAAAGACCCGCGACUGCGGCGAGCAAACACGAAACGGCCGUCAUGGACCGCUUCGAUUACUUUUUCAAAAGCGGGUCAUUCCAUAUGAGGACCGCGCUGCAAGUUCCAGAACUUACUGAACAACAGAAGCGAGCAAGCUCGCACUAA